UCUCUCCCUCUCUUGUUCUGUCCCUCUGCCGCCUCACAUUUGCCAGUGCCGGGUCUCUCCGACUGGCAGCCGACGACAGCAUUGUGUCUUCUUGGCUUGAGAGUCAGAGAUGGCAGUGACACAGUGACAGAGGUGAGGAUGACGCCACUUUCUUCAAAGGAACAACUUCAUAACAACAAACAUGAACACUCUGACCAUCUCCCGGGCUCAGGUUUGGACUCUGCAUUUUUAUAUUUGGUAUUUAGACAACAUUCUUGGGAGCAUCAGGAAUGUUUGAUUAGUGUCAGAGAGUUUGUGGAGACUGACGAACACUGACAGGCUGGAAUCCUUUGACAGCCUGCAGGGGGGAGAGAGAGAGAGAGAGAGAGCAAUCUGAGGAAGAGGAGGACAUUAAUCGCUGAGGAGACAACAUGUGUGUUCAUAGAUCGCUUGACUGAUUCAGCGUGACAGACAGACAGACCGGCCACACUGCACGCCAUAAUGUGCAUGUGAUUGUUGUCAAUCCGGUGUUAUCUCACGUGGUCAUUCUGAAGGCUUAGAAGGAUUUUAGGAGAGACUGACUCAUUCAGUAGCGGGAAUCUACUCCUCAGGAUGCGUUGUAAGAAAAAGAAAGACUGCAAGAGCCAUUUUGGCCUCACGCUGCUCCGGGGGAAUACCCCACAGAAUUAGGCUUCAGUUCAGCGACUGGAUCCCAUAUUUGCUCGGUCACACUCUGAGAUUAUGGUUAUUAAGACAAGAAGUCUACUGAAUCACGUACAGUAGUCUGGACACACUGUUGAGGUUAGCAGGAGGAAAAAUAACUGCAUAAUCUGCAAGAUAAAACUAAAACAUUAUCAGGUUCGUCUGUGAGAGAGGUUCAGACCUGCAGAUGUUUUGAGCAUGUGAGUUACACACAUACUCACAGCGUGCACACACUUUAACAUUUAAAGUGUUUCCCUCCCUCCCUUCACCACCAUGAUGGAGAAGCUGAAGUCCACCGGCCUACCCGGGUCUCCACCUGACAUACCACGUCCCUCAUCUUCCUCAUCCUCACCUCCCUCCUGUGGUCCCGUGGAGCGGCAGAGCCCCGCCCAUAGCCAGACUUCAAGCGCCAACAGCAGCCCACAAGCUGCUAGCAACACAGUGCACGAGGGGCACAUGGAUGGUCCUGCUGCCAGUUUGAGCCAGUGCACCACUUCCACAAGGACAGAAUUAACCAAUCACAGUGUGGAUACAGCCGCUGCACCUGAGCCCAUUGUCAUGGAGACAGAGGAGAAGCUAAAAGGGCAGACAGCCACCAUGACCUCAGCACUUUCCUCCCCGCCUCCGCUCCUUCCUGCGCAACCCAAGACCUCGCCGGGUCCACUCCCACCCCCAAACUCCACCACAUAUUUUUCCUCAUCCUCAUCAUCCUCCCCUCUUCCUCCAGACAUUCCAGUCAUCAGCCUUGGUCACAGCAAACCCCUUCUCCCACUUCCCAGCACCCCGCUGACUGCACUCCACCCAAUCCCCAACUUCCUGCAUGGACCACAUGGGGAUCUUCGCCGCACUCAGCUGACCUGUUUAUCUGUGGCUGGUCCGGGACUUCUGGGAGGUCCUGGAGGGUCCUCAGCUGUGUCCCCAGGGCCCCUUGUGCCUCACCAGUACCUCCCUUCACAUCCUUUCUUCACCAGUUCAUAUCUGGGUCCAUCAGGAGGAAGCUACACUGUAAUCGCUGGCAGUCGGAUCAAGAGAAGACCCUCGUCGCACUUUGAGGUGGAACUCAAAGAAUGCCCUCCUCAGAAAAUUGCCCGCCGCGUCUUCACCAACAGCCGUGAGCGCUGGCGACAGCAGAACGUCAAUGGGGCGUUCUCCGAGCUGAGAAAGCUAAUUCCCACGCACCCUCCCGACAAGAAGCUCAGCAAGAACGAAAUCCUCCGUCUGGCUGUGAAGUACAUCAACUUCUUGGUUGCUCUCCUCAAUGAUCAGGAGCAGGACAAGAGCAGGGACUCUGCUGAGGAUGAGGACCAAAGUGUCAUUGCAGAGUUGGACAACAUCAAACUGAGCCCCAUUUUUCAGUGCGACACCCCUCCGCUGGCGCACACGUCUCCACCUCCUCCGGCCCGUCCUGCCCUGGCAACGGCCCACAGAGACAGAGACUCAGGUGAUUCAGUCAUCGUCCUUGCUAAUUCCCCGGCAACAUCUAGUUGCUAUGGUGACACGGACAGUGAGGAAAGCUUUGGGGUUAAGACCUCAUUGGUGACCCAUGGCAUUCUGGGAAAGGGCCAGAUAAGGAUGGUUGCCACAAAUGACGAGCGGUGACAUGAAAAA